UCUCUCAGACAAACAAUCAAACAUGUUGCCUCCGCCUCCACCUUUCCCUUCCCUUCUUCUUCUCUCACCUCUCUUCCUUCUAUCAGCUGUGUUCCUAUCCUUCUAUCUUAAACGAACAAGGCAUUGCCAGAAAAAGCCGCCAGGUCCACCUUCCUGGCCGGUUCUCGGUAAUCUCCACCUGUUGGGUACUCUCCCUCAUCGGUCCCUUCAGUCUCUGGCGAAGCACUAUGGACCCAUCAUGUCCUUGCGGCUGGGACAGGUCCCUGCUGUUAUUGUCUCUUCCCCUGAAGCUGCCGAGCUUUUCCUCAAGACGCACGACGUCGUUUUUGCAAGCCGGCCAAUAAUUCAGGCGUCGGAGUUCCUCUCUUAUGGCUCCAAGGGAAUGGCCUUCUGUGAAUAUGGGCCCUACUGGCGCAGCAUGAGGAAGCUCUGCACUCUGCAGCUUCUGAGUGCGUCCAAGGUGGAGAUGUUUGGUCCCUUAAGAAGGGAGGAGCUGGGACAGUUGGUGAAGUCGCUUGAGAAAUCGGCGGCGGCGCGUGAGGUGGUGGAUGUCACGGAGAAGGUGGGGCGGCUCGGGGAAGACAUAAUGUAUAAAAUGAUAUUUGGACGCAACAGGGACGAUAGGUUUGAUCUGAAGGGGCUUGUUAAUGAGGUUUUUGACUUAGUUGGAGCCUUCAAUAUUGCAGAUUUCGUGCCAUUCUUGGCUCCAUUUGAUAUUCAGGGCAUUAGAAGACGCCUGCAGAAGACGAGCAAGGAACUUGAUGAGAUAUUUGAAACCAUUAUGAGAGAGCAUGGAGAGUCACCGGGAGGACAGAGUGGACGACGCAAGGACUUCGUCGACAUACUACUCUCUUGCAUGGAUACUUAUGAUGAUCAGCAUAACUUUGUCAUAGAUCGAACCAAUAUCAAAGCCAUACUUUUGGAUUUGAUUUCUGCUUCAUUUGACACUUCUUCCACUGUCAUUUUGUGGGCCAUCCCAGAACUAUUGAGGAAUCCAAGGGUGAUGGAAAAACUCCAACACGAACUAGAAAGCCAGGUAGGAAAAACCAGAAUGGUUGGGGAAGCUGAUCUGCCAAGAUUGAGUUAUUUGGACAUGGUGAUUAAAGAGACUAUGAGACUAUACCCUGUUGCACCCUUACUAGUCCCUCGGGCGUGCAGGGAAGAUAUCACAAUAAAUGGGUAUCACAUAAGGAAGAAUUCACGAAUCAUAGUGAAUGCAUGGGCUAUAGGAAGAGAUCCUAAGACAUGGUCUGAUAAUGUGGAAUCAUUUUGUCCAGAGAGGUUCUUGAACAGCAACAUAGACUAUGGAGGACAUGACUUUGAAUUCUUACCUUUUGGUUCAGGUCGCAGGGGAUGUCCUGGUGUGCAAUUGGGUCUCAUUACUGUGAAGCUUAUUUUAGCACAAUUAGUGCACUGCUUCAAUUGGGAACUUCCAGAUGACAAGUCUCCUGAUCAGUUGGACAUGUCUGAGACAUUUGGCCUAUCAAUGCCAAGAGCUGAUCACUUGCUAGCUCUUCCAUCUUAUCGCUUAUUAAUUAAUUGACCAAUUUUUUCAUCUCAGUAAUGGGUCGUACACUACCCUCUUAUCAUAAUCAGUGCAAGAAAUGUUACUGUAAUAGUAUAAGUUUCAUUUGUAAUCUUUUCUGUGCUGAAAUAAUGGUUAAAAAUCAUGUAAUAAUGCAUUUAUUUUAUAUUUUCAGAUUAUUUCUUUCCAUA